AAGAAACCGGUUCAUUUCCAUGGACAUCAACGAGUGUGAUUGGUUUGUUAUCUUCCAGUGCUCCACACUGUCGUCUACUACAUCAAUUUUUUAAUAAUAAUCGCAAUACGUUUUGAAACGCAACAAAUUUUAACUGCAGUGCAAGGGAAAGAAGUUUUAAGAAACAAGAAAAGUGGAAAGCUAUGUUGAAUCAAGUGUGACUGACUUGUUGUCAUCUUGUAACAUUAUCAAGUGCUCCAGGCAAAACAACAAAUCGAACAUUCUUCCGUAAAUGGCUUCUUAUCUUCGCCAUCCAAUCCGCAGGAUUAGUCUGUUAGAACGACGUUGCUACACAGCCAAGUCUCAACCAUUCGAUUCCAUCCCCGCACCUAAAGGAUUGCCGCUGAUAGGCACACUUUGGGACGUCAUUCGUGCGGGUGGUGUAUCACAGAUUCAUCGUUACAUUGACGAUAGACACCGCCAAUUAGGGCCCAUUUUCCGCGAAAAGCUGGGCCAUGUUGAAGCUGUUUGGCUGGCGGAUCCUGCGCUUUAUCAACAAGUCUUUCAAAAGGAAGGCACUUGCCCACGACCGAUGCUGCCCGAACCGUGGCUCAUCUUAAACAAAAAACACGCGUACAAAAGAGGAUUAUUUUUUAUGCAAGGCGAGGAAUGGUUACGCUACAGGAAGAUUUUAAGUCCGCUUUUACUGAAAACGGCCACACUGCAUCGUCACAUUGAAAGUUUUUAUGACGUGGCUGAUCGGUUACUUGACAAGUGGGAGCACACGGAAAACGGUUUGAUCACCCAACUCGAGGGUGAUUUGUAUCGCUAUUUUGUUCAGGGUUUAAUGUGCGUCGCCUUCGGACGUGUUAUUGGCUUGGAUCAGGAAAUCGUUGACACUUAUGUCCCUGGAAUGGUCCAGCAUUUACAGACGCUAUUUGAGAGUAGCGCUCGUUUAACGCUUCUUCCCCCAGCUUUGGCCGCUAAAUUGAAUUUGGAUGCGUGGCGCUGUUUUGAGCAAUCAGCUCUAAGCGCUUUGCAAUUAGCCAAUCAGCUAACUCAAACAUGUCUCGAGAAACUGCCACCGCAAGACGAUAGUAACGAGGAUGAUUGCAUCGUAUCUUCUCUUCGACAACAGAAAAUGGUUAAAUCCGACAUUCAACGAAUUGUGGCCGACUUAUUCUUGGCAGCCGCAGAUACGACAUCACACACGACGCAGUGGGCACUUUACUUGCUGGCUCGACACCCUGAAGUCCAAAACAAAAUUUUUAAUGAAAUCGAGUUAGUUCAAUCUUCAAAGCAAAGAAUCGGCGACGAAUGGCAACAUAUUCCGACGAUUAAAGGUUCUGUUAAAGAAGCUUUGCGUCUCUAUCCAGUGGCUACUUUCCUCACUCGAAUCAUGCAGGAGCAAUGUACUAUCGGAGGUUACAGCAUUCCACCAGAUACUAUAAUGCUCAUGUCCGUCUACACGAGUGGAAGAGAUGAGCGCUACUAUCGGAAUGCGCAGGAUUUUAUACCGGAACGGUGGAAUCGACACGGGCCAUCAAAUGGUAUGGUGAUGGACCCUUUUGCGUCUUUACCUUUUGGCCAUGGAAGACGAGGCUGUAUUGGUCGCCGCCUGGCCGAGUCUCAGAUGUACAUUUUAUUAUACAAAGCCAUUCCAAGAUUUACAUUUCAAGCUGAGAAUCACGUUAAAAUGAUCAUGCGACUGCUGGGCACCGUAGAUCAGCCAGUUCAAUUGCGUUUGCGACCUCGCUCUUAAUUUUUUUUUAAUGUAAAUGUUUUUUAAAUUCCACAUGUUUUUCUAAUGGAUUCCGGGAUUCCGCACAUGACUUUUAUAGAUGACAAAAAUUUGAUUUUUUACUCAAAUUUAUUCUUUCCCAACGCCGAAAUAUACAAUAACUAAGAUGUUUUA